GCCGUCGCUAUUUGAUCAAAAGUCAAAAGAAGCCUUCUCGAAGUUUCUUGAUUUCCCCCAAUUGAUUUCCCAAUCUGCAAAAUUUAUUAAUCUUUGUCUCUUAAUUCGCUCCCGAUUUUCUGUAUUUCACCAUUCUUUUUAAAAUUUCAUCCGUCGCCAUUUUUGGUUCUUGGUAUUUUGUUUUGAUUUCGAAGUUCUCCCGACUUAGGGCUCUUAAGUUCUGAUCCGAAUUCACAAACAUUCGAUCGAUAAAACUCUUUCGGUCCCUGCCCGUUUCAAUUCGUAUCCAAAGAAGAAAUACCUGUUCUGCGAUUUCUAAAAGAAAGAAGGUUCGCACUUUGAAAAUCUCGAUUGCCCUUUGUAAAAUCCCUUUUCUGAUUCUAAUUCCCAAUUCAACCCAGAAGAAUUGUGGAGAUUCACCAAUUACCCGUCUUGCUUUCGUUUUCAAUAAAUAAUAAUAAUACCCAGAUAAUCAAGAUCCCGAAUUUAGCCUGCCACACGUAAUGGGCACAAUUGGAUUUCACAAAGAACCUCCAAAACCCUCAACUUCUUCCCCUGUUCCUUCUUCAACCUCCUCGACGUCUCGAACUGACACCGUGAACGGGUCCCAUGAAUUCAAAAUCAAGGGAUACUCCCUUGCCAAAGGCAUGGGAGUGGGCAAAUACAUAGCUUCGGAUACAUUUAUGGUGGGGGGCUAUGAAUGGGCAAUUUAUCUUUACCCGGAUGGAAAGAGCGCCGAAGAUAAUGCUUCGUACGUUUCGCUUUUUAUUGCUUUGGCAAGUGAAGGAACGGAUGUAAGAGCCAUUUUUGAGUUGACACUUCUGGACCAGAGUGGGAACGAUCGUCACAAGGUGCAUAGCCAUUUUGGCAGGAUACUUGAGAGCGGGCCUUAUACCCUUAAGUAUCGUGGGAGCAUGUGGGGUUAUAAACGCUUUUUCAAAAGAACGCUCCUCGACACAUCAGACUACCUUAAAGAUGAUUGCCUCUCAAUUCGCUGUUGUGUUGGUGUAGUUAAGUCACAUACAGAGGGACCCAAACUAUAUUCUAUUUCAUUGCCACCUUCUGAUCUUAGUCAGCAUUUGGGGAAGCUACUAGAAAGUGGAAAGGGAACUGAUGUGAAAUUUGAAGUUGACGGGGAAAUAUUUGAUGCCCACAAGUUGGUCCUUGCAGCUCGUUCACCUGUAUUCGGGGCACAACUUUUUGGCCCAUUGAAGGAUCAGAACACGCAGUGCAUUAGAGUAGAAGAUAUGGAAGCUCCUGUUUUCAAGGCAUUGCUCCAUUUCAUUUACUGGGAUAACUUACCAGACAUGCAUGAGCUAGUGGGUUCAACUUCUAAAUGGGCUUCUACACUUGUUGCUCAGCAUCUGCUUGCCGCUGCUGACCGUUAUGCGCUUGAGAGAAUGAGAUUGUUCUGCGAGGCUAAACUUUGUGAGGGUGUUGCAAUAAACACAGUUGCAACUACAUUAGCUUUGGCAGAACAUCACAACUGUUUGCAUUUGAAAGCUAUAUGCUUAAAAUUCGUUGCAUUGCCGGAAAAUUUGAAAGCUGUGAUGCAAACAGAUGGAUUUGAGUAUCUGAAGGAAAGCUGCCCGGGUGUUCUUACUGAAUUGCUGCAAUAUGUUGCGAGAAUCGGAGAGCAUUCUGUUAUUGCUUGUGGAUAUCGAAGAAGAAAAGAAGCACCACCAUUGGAUGGUACUGAUGUUAAUGUUCGGCGAGUCAAACCAAGACUACAAUGAUUUAGCGAAUAACAUGUAACUCAUCUUUUGAUUGGUUGGAAAACUAAUAAAGAGAGUAAGAUAGCAUUAGACAUUCUUUGCACUUGUACCAACAUUGGUGAAUAUUCGAAAAUUUAUAAGUUGAUUUAUACGAA